AUGGUAUCCUCAUCCUUCUUCGGCGGCCUGGCGGCCAGAGCCUUUUUCUUAAUGUCUAGUCACACCCACUUCGCGGACCAGCCUACUUAUACUGCCAACACCAUUGAUGCGAUCAAGGCCCUCCAGACGUGGUACGACAAUACGACGGGCCUGUGGGACACUACCGGCUGGUGGAAUAGUGCCAACUGCCUGACAACACUCGCCGACUUCGCGGUGCUAAACCCAACCUCUUCUACGGAUCUCGAUAUACCUAAUACCAUCCAAAACACCUACGAACAAGCACAAAAGACGGCAGUCUCAGCCGUGAAAUCCCUUUCGGUGGCAGGCCUUCCCAUUUCAACUUACACGAGAAUCUCGAAGCGAGCCCUCAGCAAGAGGGGCUUCGAAAACUUUCUCAACGACUACUAUGACGACGAGGGGUGGUGGGCACUGGCCAUGAUUCGCAGCCACGAUGUCGGCGUCUAUGGAAUGGGAGAUCAGCAAUAUCUCCAGGCCGCAGAGGAAAUCUUCGAGGAUAUGCACGCUGGCAAUUCGAGCUGCGGAGGCAUCUACUGGAGCAAGGUCGGCACGUACACCAACGCCAUCGCCAACGAGCUCUUCCUAAGCGUGGCGGCAUCCCUUGCAAACCGGGUCCCGGGAAAGAAGGAUUAUUACCUGGCCAUCGCCCAGACCCAGUGGAAUUGGUUCAAGAACAGCGGCCUGAUUAACUCGGAUAACCUGAUCAACGACGGCCUCACCGACGACUGCAAGAACAACGGCAUGACCACGUGGACCUACAACCAGGGCGUCAUCCUCGGCGGCCUGGUGGAGCUCUACAAGGCCUCGGGCGACGCCUCCUUGCUCAACCAAGCAUCGACCAUCGCCGGCGCUGCCAUCUCGACCCUCUCGCGCAACGGCGUGCUCUACGAGGGCUGCGAGCCCAACUGCGGCUCCGACGGCGCGCAGUUCAAAGGUGUCUUCAUGCGCAACCUGCGCUACCUUCAGCAGGAACAACCGCAGCAGGUCUUCGCGAGCUUCAUCCUCGCCAACGCGGACGCGAUAUGGGCCAACGAUCGCAACAAGGCGAAUAAUCAGCUGGGGCCGACGUGGAACGGACCGCUCGCGAUUGCCACGGCGGGCACGCAGAGCUCGGCUUUGGAUACCCUGGUCGGAGCCGUUGCUGUCUCGUAA